AUCAUCCUCAAAAGCCCAGCCCUUCUCAAGUACAUCCUAGAAACAAGCUGCUACCCGAGAGAACACGAGCUAUUGAAGCAACUAAGGGAAGCAACUUUCGAGAAAUACCAGUUCUGGAGUCUUAUGAAUGUGCCUGUGGAUGAAGGGCUUCUUCUGUCCAUGUUUCUGAAGAUGAUGAAUGCCAAGAAGACACUGGAACUUGGAAUCCUUACCGGCUAUUCUCUUCUUACUGUUGCUCCUGCACUACCUGAUGAUGGCAAAAUCACAGCCAUAGAUCCAAAUAGAGAAGCCUAUGAGUUUGGACAGCCAUUCAUUCAGAGGGCUGGGGUGGAGCAUAAGAUUAACUUCUUUCCGUCAGAUGCCCUCACAGUCUUAAAUGAUCUCAUUAACGAUGGCAAGGAAGAAGGGAACUUUGACUUCGCAUUUGUGGAUGCGGACAAGCAAAACUACCUCAACUAUCACGAGCUUCUAAUGAAACUUGUUAAGGUUGGUGGAAUCAUAGCUUACGAUAACACACUGUGGUUUGGGACAGUUGCAGAACCUGAGGAAAAGGUGAAGGAAUUGGCUUUAAGGAAAGGCAGAAAUGAUGUGGUUGUAGUGAACAAUUUUCUAGCCGCUGACCCUCGUGUCGAAUUGGCUCUUGUUUCCAUUGGGGAUGGCCUCACCCUCUGCAGGCGCCUCCACUAA